AUGGAAUGGCCCGGUAUCAACGCCCCACUCCCGGCCGAUAGGAAUCCAGAUGAUCCCAGUUGGCUCUAUGCCCGAUCGCUGGUCAUGGAUGGCAACUUCAAAGCAGAGCACCUUCAUCCCACUCAUCCGGACGACGAAGUCUGGUUGACGGAUGGACAGUGCUUCAUGGUUUCCAAAGACCAAUACAAGGCUCAUCUCGCAGUUGCGAACGACGUUGUUCAACAUUCCGAGUGCAAUAAUCACCGAGCCGUUAACCAGGCCAAUGCGUCCUGA